UGGCCAUAAAUUUUAUAAAAGAAAAAGAUUCGUAAGUCUUUAUACUUCAACAUUCAAAAUGCCAACUGAUCAAAUACAAUAUUCUGAAAAAUACAACGACGAUAAAUAUGAAUAUAGACAUGUUAUCUUACCUGCUGAUUUAGGAAGACAUGUUCCAAAAACGCAUCUUAUGUCAGAAACAGAAUGGAGAAAUUUAGGAGUUCAACAAAGUCCAGGCUGGGUACAUUAUAUGAUGCAUGUACCAGAACCACAUGUACUACUCUUUCGCAGACCAAGGACUGAUUUAUUAAGUACAAGAAACGUCCCUUUCCAAAGAGAAUAUCAAAGUGUAUAUUGUGUUUAA